AGAAGACUGUUGAGAUUUCAUAUGUCGGAGGCCUUCCAUCCUUCUGUCAAGCGAGAUGGUAGAGGACUGAGAGUUUGGAAGACACCAGAAUUUCAGUCACACAAACCAAAUUUGCAUGGUUCGGCAUUGCAAGUCAGAAGCCAUACGGCCAAGAAGGGCAGCGAGAUCUGUAAAAUCGAGAUUGAGCCAAGGCAGCGAAGCGACUGCGGUGAUGGUCGACAGAGAUACAUGCAACCAGCAUUCGGUGCUCGAGCACGAGAUGCGAUGGAUUGGAGAAACAUGAAAGUCGCAGAGCCGGCACCAAGAAACCUCGAAGCCCCGCCAUGGCUCAAAUGCAGUUACGACCAUCCCUUCUACGUGCGCAAUGUCGGGAAGCCUGUUCUACAAAAGAGGUGUCUCAUGGUGGGAGCGUGAGGGGUCGCAAGGUGACCUGCGCAAGGCCAUGGCCAUCCAACAAGGUCAUCUACGGGGCUGUGCGAGAGUGGAAUGGGAACCCCAACGCUCCUGAUCGAGUGGAGAAAGCUGCUCGUCCCGCCUACGGAGGGCAGUGCGAUCUCUGCGUCGAAGACUCCAUAGGAAGAGUGGGCCAUGUGCGAGCAGCGCCGCGCAAGGAAGCGCACAUACUACAACCUCCAUGGCACAAACCAGCUGAG